AGCCGCCGCUUCCUCGUGUGCCAACGGGACCGGCGGAGGCUGCGGCCCCGGGGGGUUCCGGUGACCCCGGGGGGGCUCCUGCGGCCCGGAUCGCCCCGCUGCCCCCCACGCGCCCUGGCCCCGCUGGACGAGGCCCGAACAGGCUCCUCCGGAGGUUCUUCAGGACAGGGAGAUCCUGGUUCCGAGCCCCUGAGCAGUGAAGAGCUGUGCAGGAUGUGAAGUGCAUCUCAGAGCACCUCAGUGGGACAUAAUAUGCUUUCUCCAUCCACGCUGCUUCAGUCCAUCUUCUGGGCCAGCAGCUGAGGAGAUGGCACAGAGAGCUGAGCUCCAGCCAAGCUUUGAGGACAUUUUUAAUAUUCUAUCCCAGAUGCCACAGGAGAAACUCCUUAGCCUCAAAUACAAACUGAAGCAGGAAACUCUGCCCAGCAACAAACUACUGCAAGCCAUGGUCCUCCUUACUCUGGGGCAAGAAAUGGAUGCAAGAAUUUGUUUGGAUUCCUUGAGAGGUAACCAGGCAGCCCAGUAUGUCCACCAGAGCAAACUGGGUGCUGCAGGAGGGCAGGAAGAUGGGAAGGAUUUGCAGCCUCCCCAGCUGGAUGCAGGAGCCGUGGCUCUUCUGGCACAGAUCUACUCCGUGUUGACAGAGGAAAAACUGUGCAGUCAGGAAGCUUUGGAGAAAGCCCACCAGACUGCCACCAAAGCCUGUGACACCAACAAGGGAACAGGGGGACACACGCUCAGCAGGGUUCCAAUUGAGGACCAGGAAGAACCUGGUUCUGCUGUCAGUGUGGACAGAUUCCAAACCCUGAGAUCUGAUCUGGAGGUGGGAUUUCACCAGCUGCCCAGCCCACACCAUGUGGUGGGAAGUUCCCCAGUGCAGAUUGGAGGGAACUCUGACCCUUCAGGCCCACAGCCCCUGUGCUCCCUGGGGAACUCCUCUUUCAGCAGUUGCUUUGAGAUCAGCACAUCACCAACAGUUGCUUUUCUCACUCAACCUUUUCCCUACCAGAGUGACUCCCACCCCAACCACCUGUGCCAAGGGAGCACCAGUGGUGCUGGACAGCCUGAUGGGGAUGGACAGAGCUCACAAGAAACAAGCAGGGCCAGCAGAUCCAGGUCUCUUUCUGGGCAGGACAAAAAAGUCCCCCAGCCUGAGGAGGUUCUGCAGGUUGGUUCAUCUCAUCCAGGUUUCCAUGUUCCCAAAAGACAGCUGCCCAACCUGGGUGCUGUGAACCAGCCCGUGGAAAGCAGUGAUGUCUGGGUGGAUGUGGAAAGCACAGCAGCAGCAAAACCUCCCAUAAUGAAAGGAAACACAGGCACAAAGCAAGAUGAAAAGCUGUCAUCUAGAGGACUUCCUGAUUCAAGAGCUACACUGGAUACUGGUCCUGCCCAUAUUCCCAGGAAGAACUCUCAUGUUCCUGUAGGCAUUUCUUCUAACACUGUGACUGCUUCUAAGUCAGCCUGUUUCUUUCCACCUCCUACAUAUUCCUUCUCUUCAACCCUUCCCUGUCCUCCUCAGGGAGCUCCUUCCAACUUGUCAUAUCCCCCUCCCCUCUACUCAUUCCCCUCUCCAGUGCUGCCUCCUCUCCAAACUGUAGAACCAAUGCCCACAUCAGAGCCAGGUGGUGGGAUGUUCUUUAGUUUUGUUGUCCUGCAUGCUGGUGAAGAUGAGAUGGUUGCCCAUCGGGUCAAGAACCUUCUGGAGAACAUGGGGAUUCCCAACGGUGCCACACUCUGUGAGGACUUCCUGAUUGCUGGACACAGCCACAUGACUUGCUUCCAGAAUGCCAUCGAAAAUUCUGCUUUCAUCAUCCUUCUGCUGACCAAAAACUUCCCAUGUGACCUGUGUAUGUUUCAGACGAACACUGUUCUGAUGGAGUCCAUCCAGAACCCAUCCAAGCGUUACUCAGUCAUCCCUUUUUUACCCAAGGAGAACCCCCUGGAGCCAAGUCAGAUACCCAGAAUGCUUGGUGGGCUGGUGCACUUGGAUGAGAACUCUCUUGGGUUCUCCAGGAAAGUGCAGAAGACCUUCACCACCAGUAGGAUCAAGGAGAGGAAAGCCAGGUGGGACCUGAUGCAGAGAGAGAAACUCCAGCAGAACUUGGCUGCUCUGAACCUUGGCUGCCAGGCCCAGGGGCCUCCAGCAGCAGCACAGCCACAGCUGCUGGAGCAACCACCCCAAAAGUGGCAUCCCCCUCAUUCAGCUGUCCCACCUGCCACACACCCACCUUCCCUGGCUGGUUACCCCAUGUCUGCUCAGAUGGGUCCCCCUCCUUUCCAACCACCUCACCUCCCAUCAGGCCACUCCAACGUGCAGCCAGGUCCAGGGGGCAUCCCAGCCCUGAUCAUUCAACACGCUCGGAUGGUUCAGAUUGGGAACCACAACGUGAUGCAGGUAGAAACCAUCACACCAGGUCCACAGGAGAGGGAGGAAGAAACCAAGGAGAAGGCUUGAUCAGAGAGGCAGCAGGUCAGCCAAGGCCAGAGACUCUCAGAUUAGUUUCAAACCCUGGAUUACAGUGAUCCUGAUGGGAGUAGGACUGUUGUUAUUUCACUGCGGGUAAAAGGUGCCACUUUCCUGGAGCACAGGAGAAAAUGACCUUUUUUUGUUGGACAAAAGAGGUUGCUGUCUCCUGAGACUGUUUUCUUUAUGCUUCCUUUCAAGUAAUUGAGAAAAACAUUUGCCUGAUUUUCUGAGG